CCCUAUCCAACUCAACCAAACACAGCCCAGCACUCGGCAACCCAGGUUGACACCCUCAUGCACGCUUGCACCUUAUUUUUCUCGUUCAUGUCGUAUUAUACCAUUUUAUUUAUAUGCCCUCAUUCUGUGCAUCAAUCACACUCGUGCAAUCCCCUCAACCGUAACUUGUUCAGGUCGAUCUGCUCUAUCCACACUCGACCCCCCAUCUUGCCUCCCACAUUCAGGCACAUCGUCUUCUGUCGCCGGCAAGCUCAAUCAUCAUCAAUACAUCGACGCACCCUUCACGCAACGCAAAGAUGGAGCAACGAGUCCUGCUGCUCUAUCAGCCCGUGUUUCAUCCGCAUCUCGCGAUCGAGCCCUCGUCGUCGGGUGCCCCAAUGCCUCCCUCCACGCCAGAAUCGCAGGGCGGACACACAUACGCUCAGAAAAGGUCAAAUGGCAAGAGCCCCAUCACCCUCGCACAAGGCUCACCGGCACCCCCUCUAUCCGAGCUGCCGCCGCAAGUAGGCUCGGUCGUGCUCGACGCCAAGCACUCCAGGUCCGUCUCGGCACUGCAAGAUGCGGGCAAGAGCGUAGCGCAACAUUUGGAUCAGCAGACGUCAGACUCAGCAACGUCGAGCAUCCAGGUGGACCUGUUCUCGAUUCUACCGGCUUCGUACACCAGAAGCACGCACCCCGCGUUCAAACACACUGCGUCCAUGUCCCGAUCGACCAGCAGCGCCGCAUAUCGCACAACGUCGGGCUCCUCGAACGACAGCUCAGGCGACUCUGGCACCGCUUCUGGGCGCCAUUGCAAUUCUCCCUCCCAUCACCACGGCCAUCAGCAGCAGCAGCAGCAGCACCAUGGGCUGUUUUCCGGUCUGGCUUCGCUUUUGCACAGCCGUCCUGGCUCGCGGCACAACUCGCCUGGCUCAUCACGCGCAGUAUCCAGGCGUAACAGUCAGCACUCUAUACACUCUCACGGAAGCGCCUUGGGAAGCCAUGUGCUGCAAUCGCAUGCGCACGACGCGCUGCUAGAGCUGACGGACGUCCUGCGCGUUGAGGAUGAAGAGGCAGAAGAGGCACGUGAGCAGCUGCUCGAUCGCUUGACGAUCCUCUCCGGGGAACUGGAGGAUGGCGGGGAGAAGCGCUCGAUCAACAUCGCUGUCAGGCAAGCAGGGGACGGGGAGAGUCUGCAAGAGGCACUGCAAUGCUUGCUCAGGCAGAGCAGAUACGACGAAUUGAUCAUGGUCAACGACGCGGACCUCGCGCAUCUCCCGCACCCGCCUUCGACACCUCCGCCCUUGGCGUCGAGUCCAAGCUCCAACAGCCCCGACAUGGCGCAAGCGCCGUCGCUAAUCUCGCACACACACCCGCAGCCCUUCACCAGCUCGCUCCGGAAGCGCGUCGCCGGAUUCGCACGCUUGCAUCUGCACCUCAAGCACGAUGUGCAUCGCUCCCGCGAGCUCGAGCUCGAGCACGACAGGGUCGCACUUGCAGCGGAUGCGCACGCGCUGCGCAAGGACAUCCAGAGAGGCUUUGGCAGCCAUAUUCCGAUCUUGGCCAUCUGAGCAUUCGAAUGGAGCAAGCAAGCAAGCUAGAAGGCUGCAUCGUUUGCAGGCACUUGCGGUGCGAUGGUGCUCAAUGUAUUUCUUUCGUGUAGCAUAACAAAUGGGAAAGCACACUCCUUUUUUGGCGUCUGCUAUCUAGU